GUCAAUAGUAGCGCCACUUAUAUGUCAUCCUACGAACUUAUUGAGUGAUGUGUGUUACAAUGGCUCAAGAGCAUCCACAUAUUAUAAACACAUUGGAAUUCUGUGCAGGCUUCUCCAUGAGCCUGUAUUCCUGUGCAGAAAGUGAAUCUAUAGAACCUAUGAAAUCAUUUCUCAAUAAAUUGUUCACAUUCUUGUUGUCUUAUGCUAAUGCAGUAAGAUAUCGAAUCUGUCAUUAUUUAACUAUGCUUUUAAACUCUAUAGGCGAUCAUGCUGUCAUUGAUGACAACUUAUGUGAUCAAAUUACAAGCAGAAUGAUAGAUCGAUCGAUGGAUAAGUCUCUUGAAGUUAGAGCGCAGGCUGUUUUUGCUUCGCAUAGAUUACAAGAGCCAUCUAAUGAUCAGUGUCCCAUAAUAGAAAUGUAUUUAUUUCAUCUGUAUAAAGAUACAAAGCCUGAAGUUCGCAGAGCAGUUCUUGCAACAAUGAGCGAGAAUCAGAAAACCUUACUAGCUGCUUUGAAAAAGACACGUGAUAUUGAUGACUCUAUGCGUAAGAUGGCAUAUGAAUUUAUCAGCAAGAUUACAUGUCAAAGCCUGUGUAAGCAAAGUCUUAUUACCAACAUGGCUACAAUACUAUAAAGGAGAAUACAUAAACCUUAUACAUGCUCUGAAUGCUGGAAUAGGGACAGAAGUUGCAGCAUUAGCUUUACAAGCAUUAUUCAAGUCGCUCGUUUAAGGAGACAACGCUAUCGACAUCGUGUGUGUACAGCAUACGGCUCCAUCCAGAUCUCUCCUCAGGAAUCUGCAAGAUCUCGAAAUACUCCAAGCCGUA